AUGUCCAGUCCAGAUUGGUUCACGGAGUGUGCGGACAUGAAGCAGCGGUUUCCUGACUUGGAGGAUGGGAUCGAGAUCCAUGAGAAAAUCAUGGGCAGCCCGUUGGUGGUCAAAACCAAUGUCACAAUCCCUUGGUACGAUACAGAUGGUCGGAAAUGGACCUUCGUACAGCAGCACGCGCCUAGAUUCUUCAAUUCGAUGCUUUCUUUCGAGUGCGCAGCUGCCACGUGCAAGCAUUUGAAGCAGAAGGGGUGGUAUGAGUCAUUCUUGCAUUUCAUGGAUGCAUGCACCCUUUGGGAUGACAAUCGUUUAGACAACCAAGCGGCCAUUGAUGUGAUCCAUAAGUGGGCUCUCGCGUUGAGCAAGUUCAAUGCCACCGAUGAGUUUGCACUGAUUGCUUUCUUGGAAGGUGUCCGGUUCAUGCUUCCAACAGUCCCGGUGUCCCCGAAGCUCGACGGUGUCAAAGUUGUUUUGUCCGGGCGGCAAGUCAACAUGUUCUUCACGAAAGAGUCGGAUGCGAAGUCUCACAUGCUGCAUUGGAUCCAUGCUCCUAUGAAAGACUCUGUCGUCUACAAGGACGCCGACGGCAGCAAGGAGCCUGUGUUACUGCCGGAGAAACGUAGAGGUGAAGAUGCGGUUUCUUCAACUGCGGCUUCGAAGAAACGGAAGACGACGACCACCACAGGCCCCAAAUCUAUUUCGGGUUCGGGCGCGGACGGCAAUGUGCUUGUUCCGGUUCAGAUCAGAAUGACGGGGAAUUCAGAGAGCAAGGCAUUGCUGCAGGCACAUGAGGAGUCAUCGGCGAUGGAUGGGCUUACUCCUGAAGAUGCCGAUGGGGCUGAUGAUCCGGGACGUUCCUCAGGACGGUCGCGAGAUAAGCCAGAUAGGAAGACUCCGACUCCGACGUUUGCAGCUCCUCAGUCCAGGGAUAUCCAAUGGUUCGAUGACAUGAUGCUUUCCUGCAUUUCAAUUCUUGCUUCGCACGGCUUGUGCAUGCCGGAUGGGUCGCAUGCCAAGCAGGAGACGUCACCUCAGGACGAUGCUAUCACUCGUGUACGACAGCAACUUUUUGCGGUUUGUGUCAGCACAGGACUUUCCUUCGUUUGGGGCAAGGAGGUCUCCAUUGGAUCCAAGUGUCAUACGAAAUGGUCUGCGACACGCAAAGCUUUGUUGACCAUGAUAGAUGAAGCUGCUCGCAAGUCCAUGCAGAAUCCUGGAGAUGAAGAGGUCGCAGCAUCGGCGAUUGCAACUGCAACAGGCGCCAGCGGGCCCAAUGCGCCAGCGGCCGCCUCUGCCGCCAAGCCUGUUGCCUGGGCCGAUGAGUUGUUGAAGGCUUGUGAUGAGAGUCUUGACAAUGCCGCCAAGAAGGAGACGAUCAGUGAAGCAAAGCAAAUGGAGGCACGAGCAGUAGAACUUAUGGCAACACAUGGUGCUCUACUGGAUGCUCACAUUGGCCAAUAUCGGCCGGUGACCCCGAUUCAGAUGGAACCUUGCUUCGCUUCAGCGCAACAGACGGUUUGGGGCACAUGCGAGGCAUCGGCCAAAGAUGGCAAGUUGGACAUGGCCUCAGUGGUUGAAGCCAUGAUGUACGCUGUGGAGAGCACGCAUACUCACAAAGUGUUAGCUUUGGCAUCUUUGCUUCAAGACCACAAGCCCGCAGACAUGCCUGCCGCCCUCGCAGAAGCGCCAGCACUGGUUCUAGCACAGGUGGCAAAGAGCCGAGCAAAUUUCAUCGUUCAACUCUUCAAGGGCUUCGUGGCUUUGGUUACGGAUGCGGAGGCGGACUCCCAUGCCUUUGCCGAGACGCGCUACGAAACCUUACGCAAUCAGCUCAGCCGGGUGGAAGGGGCUUUCCGUGACAGGUCGAGCUUAGGUCUCCUACGUGAUUUCGAUGCUGGAACCGUUCUGAAGUCGAACCUUCCCUUUGAGGAUCAUGUCGAAGCCUGGCAGAAGGUUUUCAUCGAGAUCACAAAAUCCGCUGGCCCGACUUUGGCAACCGCCCUCGGCAAGAAGGUCAUCGAAGAUAAGAUGGUGGCGAUGUCCAACGGUGACAACGGCAAGGGAGCUCGUGCUCAGGAUGAUGAUGAGGAUGAUAAAGAUGAGCCGCGGGAGUCACAGUCGAAGGGUCAGACUCAGAGUGCUGCUGAGGCUCAGAGUCCUGGUGCCAAUAACAUCGUCAGCUUCUCGCAGAUCCUCACGUGUUGCCAUCCGGAAGAGGCCCCAGAGUACGAUCCUCCAGAAGGCUUGGAGGACGAUUCCAUUCCGAUCAACGACAUCAGUGAUUCCGAGUUCAACAUGUCGAUUCUGCAGCCGGUCUUGGCACAGAUUGAGGCCACACUCUACAGUAUGGCUUUCAUGCCUGAGUCCAUGGAAAACUACGACCGCAUGAAGAUCGAUAUCACUCAGAAGGUGACAACCGUUAUGUGUCAUGACAGGCCGCAGAACCUGACUUGGUUUCCAUUUGCUGGCAAAGUCUCGAUCAACAAAACUCCCAUGGUCAUUCAGUGGAAUGAUGUGCAGCUGCCCAUUUAUGUGAAUGGGGACAAGCACAAAUCGCUUGCAAGUGAAUGUCCAGCAGUCUCGGUAGGAGCAAGUAACAUGAACUUAGUUCGCAAAACGGCCAAGGUGGAUAUGUCUCAGAUACCAGGAUGGCCCGAUGACGAUUUGGCUAUCUUGGUGCCGGGCCUCGAAGCGCACCCUGAAUGGGUGCCACCGGGCAAAGCAGCAUCAGAUCCCUGGGAAAUGACCAGGCCGAAUGUGCAAGUGAAGAAGCCGGUCAAAGAUAAAGAUGCCAAAGGUAAAGAUGCUUCCAAAAGUAAGGCCAAAGCGGCUGCCAAUGUGUUCCUGUACCAGCUUCGCGCUGCCAGCACGUCGGCAGCGCAAAGCAAAGCCGACCGCCGCAUGUUCAAGAACAUCAACCACAUCUUGAAGCCCCUGUAUGCAAGAGCUUACAUAGUCGUGGCGGCUAAAAGCUAUGUCAACCAGGACUUGGACAACGGAAGCCCCAACGAUGAUCACAGGGCUGCCUGUGUGGAUAUCGAGGGAUGCCUUAAGCGAGGCAGCCAGAGACCGCGACUACAGAGACUCCGGUUCGACGGCGACAAGAUCAGAUCGGAAUCUGGUCGACACAUCUUGGAGCAAGCCUGUGCCAGCUUUGUGCAGCCGGUGUGGGCCACACACCCUGAUGAGCACUAUAGACUCAUCCAAGAGCACAUGCUUGCCACCCUCAAGGCCGACUUCGCGAUCGACGGAAGCCUGGGACAUGCCUCAUAUAUACCGGAUGAGGUGUGGGACCUACGGCAACAGAAGAACCGUCUGAGAAGCCGAACCAAGAACCGGCGCGACAGCUGGCGUCUCAGUCUGAGGGAUGCCUGGGCAAUCUGGCGAAAUACGGACAAGGACGACACCCGGGCCGGCCUCCGCCACCGACAGCUCAUGUAUGAACUGGUGGCAGCUGCGGUCCGGUUUGCCACCCACCGGAUCAAGACAGGCAUUGCCAAGGCCAAGGACCAGUUCCUACGGAAGGUUGCUACAGAAGGUCACCAAAAUGUUGGCGCCAUCAUGCAAAGGGCCAAGCGAGCUGGCCUGGGCGCGAAGGCGAGAAAACCCUUCAGCCGGGAGUUGCCGAAGCUACUAGACCCAAACUCGGGCCGCGCGGCCUCGUGUGCGGAGGACAGAGAUGACAUCUGGCUUCGGCAUUUUGGGGACCAGGAGGCUGGCACGAUCAAAUCCACGCAGGACUUCAUUGAGGAGGUGGCUGCUUGGCAGGAAAGCCGAAGUAUGGAAUGGGAGUGGCAACAUCUCCCGUCGACGAGGGAUCUGGAGCGCGUGAUGAGGGGCAUCAAGCCUGGAAAAGCAGCUGGACUCGACCAAAUCCCCAGUGAUGUGCUGUGUGCUUGCCCAGUUGCGGUAACACGUCUCCUCCAACCUCUCUAUAUGAAAGCAUUGCUUCUUGGGAGGCAACCUAUCCAGUGGAGAGGCGGCGUGCUUUUCGAAUCAUACAAGCACAGCGGACAGAAGUGUUUAGCAGAAAACUACCGAAGCUUGUACAUUUCAAGUUUCCCUGCAAAAGCACUGCACCGCGCAAUGCGCCGCAAGGUCGAUGAUGACGUAGAGGCGGCCCUGCACCCACUUCAUUGUGGCACCAGACCAGGGCUACCCAUCAGUUUCUCGUCGAUGUAUGUCGCUAGCCAUCUGCGGAGAUGCGCCAAGAUGCGCAAGUCGGCAGCUGUGCUAUUUGUCGACACGCGGAGUGCGUACUACAGAUUGGUCAGGGACCUGGUGGUUGGCGACCUGCGAUUGGACCGAUCCAUUGAAGAGCUGUUCUACCGGUUCGGGAUGGACGGAGAGGAUAUAUCUGAACUAUGGGGCCUGAUACGAGAAGGGGGAAUGCUUCAACAAGCGGGAACCCCUGAGCCGAUCAAAGCCUCCGUCCAGGAUUUCCACCAAUACACUUGGUUUACGUCACGGUUCUCUGCAGGCGACAAGUUGUGCCACUCGGUCGCUGGAUCACGACCAGGUGCCUCGUGGGCGGAUUGUGUGUUUGCCUUCCUCUACACCCGUAUCCUGCACCGGGUGCAUGAGGUGUUGGUCGGCGAGGAAAUCAAUGGUGCCUUGCCCUAUGAUCCGGAAGGUGGCCCUUUCUCAGUACAGCCGGAAGGGGAGAGCGAACCCAUGUGGGAUACCACGUGGGCGGACGACACAGCCUAUGUGACCGAAGAUGAUGAGGCACCGAAACUACUCUGCAAGGUCAGCAGGAUCACCAGCGUAGUUAUCACUGCCUUCAGAGCACAUGGACUCGACCCAAACUUGAAGAGAAACAAGACCAGUGUGCUCUUGAGACUCUGUGGGAAGGGUGCAACGACGGUGCGACGACAAGUCUUCGGAAAUGGCCGCCCGCUCAUUUACCUCCCAGACCUGGAUGAAAGUGUCCAUGUGGUUCUUACCUACAAGCAUCUUGGAGCGAUGUUGGACCCAACUAUGGCACUACGACAUGAGCACCGCUACCGCACAGCUAUGGCCUCCACUGCAUAUGACAGUGCCAAAGACCUUCUGUUGCAAAACAGAGACUUGAGUCUGGAAACAAGAACGUCGUUGUUCCGGAGUGCAGUGGUCUCAACUUAUUUCAAUCUGGAGCUCUGGGUGCCCGGAGGCCCAAGUUGGGAUUUGAUGUGCGACAACUUCUCAAGGACACUGCGGCGGCUUUUGUGUCGCGAAGUUACUGGUGACGCCUUCUACAAGAUCCCGUUACCUUUGGCACAUUGGGCGACGGGUUGUUGGCCUCUGGACUACUUUGCCAGACGCGCACGGAUCUCUACACUGAUCUCGAUGGUCCGAUCGGGGCCCCCAUUGUUGUGGGCGAUGCUACAGAACGAGGCUACUUGGUGCAAGGCAGUUAGAGAGGACCUACGAUGGUUGGUGGGACAAGAUGCAGAGCAAUGGCCUGAGGUCACAAGGACAGCUUGGCCACAAUGGUGGCAUGUACUCAGACAACAACCGGAACGGGUCAAAAGGAGAGUGGCCCGCCGAAAUGCGGAUGACUUCCUGCAAUUCCAAGAGGAGACUGCUGUGCAUGUCUGCUUGUGGUACAUGUACAAGAUGGUGGCCACCGUUGCAAAUGGAGCGCAGCGUGCUACAGCUUGGACAUGCCGAAUGUGCCAGAAAACUUUUCGCAAACGAUCAGGUCUUGGAGUACACUUUUUCAAGACACAUGGACGGCAGGCGGAGUAUCGGGAGUUCCUGGAAGGCAGUCGUUGCAAAGCAUGUAACUGUGAAUUCUGGACACAGGGAAGGUUGGAGGACCAUCUCAGAGCUUCCACCAAGUGUGUCAGAACCCUCCGCAGGACCUUCCAACCGAACCAACAGGCUCCCCCGGGAUAUGGAAGCAUCAAAAGGCGGCGAGAGGAAGCAGCGAAUUUUACCCCUGCAGCACCGAAGCCAGUGGGGGAGCCGCUGCCCCAAACAGACGAAGUCCUGUGGAACCGGUGGCAAAAGAGCCUCUAUAGGGAGAUUUCCGAUGCUACCUUGGACGGAGGAUCAGAAGAAGGGCUCGAGAAGGACGUCUACAAUGCAAUCAGAAAGCAGCCGCUUUACCCCGAAGAGAUCCAACAAGUUGUGGAGACCCUGAUCAGCGAGAUCGAGGGCAUCCAUGCGGACAAGGAUUUGGGACAAUGGGAUGAGCAGGAGUUUGUCACGAUUGUCCGAUCAAUCAGGGAAGGGCAAGCUGCUACAUGCCGUCCAGAGGUGACGGCGUCGCAGGAGGAGAAUGACCUCCUGAAGCGGCAAGCGUUCCACCAACACAUGGGAAGUGUUGACUGGACGGAGGUUCUCUCAGCCUACUUGCCUGAGGACCAAACCAGCCAAACCGAGGAGCACGGGACCCUACGAAGUUCGCUGUUCAUCCUGCCCGACAACUGGGAAGCAGAAUGGAAUCGUGGCAGGGGCGAGCUUUUGAAUUCUGCCGUGCUUAGAGACCCGGUUUCUUUGUUGCCCAAUCUGCUCAGGGAAGCAUGGGACUGUGUUGUAAAGAAGCACAGACCAACAGUCCGUGCCCCUGGGAAAUUUUGGGCCCACCCCGUGGCAGCGCCAUUUCGGCCCUUUCGGGAUGACUGCAAGACCUAA